AUGACAUGCCCGGGCAAAGAAGGUGGAGACCAUCGAUUUGUGGAUGUCUCCGUCUUCAAAAUGAGAGAUUCUUGCCAUGAAGAGCUUGAUGAACUUGACAAUAGCUAUUCUGAAGCCGAAUGUCCUACACCAAUUACAGCUAUUGAUCGAACAACACAAAACAACAUCAGCAUUGCAGAACAUAAAAUGAAUCAAUCCAUCAAAGAUCAUAUUUAUGGCUGCACAGAAGCAGGUUUGCAGCAAGACAAUGAUAGCUUAAAGAGUAGCAAGCAAGCCUCGACACAAGUACAUCAAAACAGUAAUGUACCUGCAACCAAGGAAUUCGGGAGAAAAGCCAAACAAAGAGUAUGCUCAAAUUGCCAAACCACAAGUACACCCUCGUGGAGAAGAGGUGACAAUGGAAAGUCUCUAUUAUGCAACGCAUGCGGGUUAUAUCAAAAACUGCACGGAAGAACGCGGCCUUAUUCCAUGGCAUCUAGUGCAAGAGCCAAAAACAUCAAAGAAGGACCAAAAACAAACACAUGUAUAUCAUGCAAUUGUGAAUUUUCAACCUUUGAAAUCAACGGCAGAUUGAUUAAUCUAUGUAAUGAAUGCCUUGCAUACACAAGAGGAGGCAAGUAUCCAGAGAACACAAUCAGGGAAUGUUAUCAAAACGGAUUUAAUACUAGCAUCCAAAUACAAGGAUACAAAGAUCUUUACAAUGAUGCACAUAGCCAAUACCAUAAGGUUUACAGUAGUCCUCCUGAAAGCAUAAUGUUUAGUGAAUAUGGUAACGCCUACAAUUAUUAUCAUCAGCAGAUGACAUGCAAUCCGGUUUAUGGCAUGUAUACAUCAAAUAUAGCAUACAAGCCUAUCAACGCAGAGUUUGAAUGUAAGAAUCAUUAUCCAAACAUUGUACAACAAGGCGGCUAUGGCGCCAGAGACUAUAACCAUAAGAAGCAAGCCUAUCCUAAAAAAUAUGAGUGUGACAAUGAUGUAAAUGAUUUAAAUGAUACAAACACAAGAUCAAACCUCUAA